CAUAUGACCACGAGCUCUUCUAACUAUACAUAGAGCUUUUCUUCACUAUUACAUCUGACUGUUGUAAGCUGGCGUGUGUAUCUGUGUGUUUGUACCGCUCACUGUGUUUCAGAUUAAAACAACCACCACAAAAGAAGAUGUGGAAGAGAGAGAAAAUGUGGAUGAUCAAGCCACCCACUGAGCACCCAAUGGAGUCUAGAUACAGGCCUGUACUGGAGAGUUUGAUCCCGCGUGAUCCAAUGAGCAGGUUUUAUCUAAAGAGAGGUUCACCUAAAGACGAGUUUCCUAACCUGGACAGAAACUACACACUUAUGGGUCGCAUCCUUAACCUGCACAUGUACACACGUCAAUUCAGCCGGGCAACUGAAAGCGGUGUCAUUUUUGAUGACAUCAUACGUCCUGGUCUUGAAGAUCCAGGACUUCCUACAGGACCAAAGUCAGUUGGUUGUUUGGCGGGUGAUGCUCAGUCAUACAUACUCUUCUGUGACUUCUUCGAUCGUAUCAUUGAGUCUUAUCACGGCUAUAAAGUCACCAGUGAUGCCGUACAACAGAGUGAUUUUAAUUAUGACAACCUGAAGGGUGGUGAUGACUUUGAUGAAGUGUACGUUCUGAGUUGCGAAGUGAGUGUUGGUCGUGCUGUAGAUGACUUCUGUUUCCCUACACACUGCAGUAGAGGAGAACGCAGACAGCUCCUCACGCUGGCCAAAACCGCUCUGGAGCAGAUGAGUGAAGGUCCGACAGGAAAACUUUACUCUAUAGAUGAACUGAGUCAUGAGAGUGACGAUCGUGGGCUUGUUCUCGACUCUCCACCAUCUUCACUGAUGAAGAUCGGAGUGGCUCGUGAUUGGCCUGAUGCUCGGGCUCUGUGGUUAAGUAAAGAUGGAUCUCUGGCUAUCUGGAUAAACAUGGACGAGCAUUUAAAACUGAUAUCAUUCAGAAAAGAUGCAAACCUACAAGAGGCAUUUAAAACAGUUUGCAUCCAUCUGAUAAAGCUGGAGGCUCUGUAUAAGAAACUCAGACAUCCGUUUAUCUGGAAGCCUCAUUUGGGUUGGGUGGUGAGUUCACCUGCUGAAGUGGGAACGGGACUGAAAGCAUCCGUCACAGUAAAACUUCUGCAUCUCGCUGAAAAUAAACGUCUGGAUGAUAUCCUGGACAGACUGAGAAUUCAAAUGGAAGAAACUGGCUGCCCAGGCAUUUAUAAAGUCAGCAACCUGCAGACUAUUGGUUUUAAUGAAGUUGAGCUCACGCAGCUGGUGGUGGAUGGAGUCAAACUUCUCAUCCAAAUGGAGAAGAGACUGGAAAACAACAGGGGCAUUGAAGACCUGGUGCCAUUAAAGAAGACCGAGAGGACAGCAGUGCGCCUCUAGCUGUUGUCCAAAAACAAAAUAGCAUACAUGUGAUCUUUAAGAUCAGCGUUAUCAGUAACACAAGGUACUUUACAAUUACACUCUAAAAAUGAGUUAUUUUUCAAUAUUAGACAGAACACACUGCUGUGCUAAAAUUGACCCAAUGCUGGGAUGUUUUAACCCAACUGCUGGGUUAUUAUACCCCAUGAUUGCAUAAAACAACCCUAAAUUGGGUCAUUUUUAACCCAGCAUGAGUUCUGUUAAAUCUUUACCCAUUAUGGGUCAAAAUUAACCCUACCAUUUUUAGAGUGAACACUUUAUAUGUUUAUGUAAUAUUUGAUCUCAUGUGUUUCUAGUCCAAACAGGUGAAACUCACUAUGAAGUUUUAUGUCCAUAUUUUAACCAUAUUUUUAAAUUAUUUAUAAAUAUAGAUUUUGCCUCAAGUAAACAGGCUCUAUUAAAUAUGAAUUAUCUUGAUAGCAGUUAAGAACCCCCAUUAAUGUAUUGUUAAAAAUACAGUAAUUAAAAUGAGACUCGUUCUGUAAAAAAUAUUAUCUGUCACAAGGCAAUAAAACUAAAGUUAAAAGAAAAUCUGUUUGAAUAACUGACCUAAGCAGCCAUUAUUAUCUUUCUGCAAAAUGUUUUUUUUUUGGGGGGGUGUU